CUGCGUGCGAUCCCCGGCGCCCCGCGCGCGGCCGCAGCGCUCCGCCCGAGCMGCCCCGGAGACUCCGGAGUGGGGUCUCCACUGCGUUCCGCUGCCGGUCUUUCCUGAGACCCUCAGCUCCUGCCUGCCUCAGCUCUCCCAAGUCGGCCCCGGGUCUCUGCGGCUGUUAAGGACAGCGGCAAAAAAAGAGAAGGACGUUCUUCUGUGCCUUGGAUGUUCCGGUCCGGGAAGGACGGCAAGUUGUGUGUUGCGCCCGGGACCCGGGAGAGAAGGUGGCCGCUGUGCUUCAGCCAUGGACCAUCAUCCUUACUACAGAAGAUGGGAAGUUGAUGCCCAGUGAGAUUGGAAGAUCUGUUUUGUUCAUAGACACUCUCCUGUGGAUUUCCUGUGUUUUCUGGUGGUUUCACACCUUGACUCAUUCCUGCAGUUCCAGAACGUUGAGUUCAGGCCCUCAUUGCCCUAUUUGGUGAAAGAUGGCAUCCAGCCUGACUUGUACUGGAGUGAUCUGGGCUCUGCUCUCUUUUCUUUGUGCUGCCACCUCCUGUGUGGGCUUCUUUAUGCCUUACUGGCUCUGGGGAUCACAGCUGGGCAAGCCUGUGUCCUUUGGUACUUUCCGGAGGUGCUCGUAUCCUGUGCAUGAUGAGAGUCGGCAGAUGAUGGUGAUGGUGGAGGAAUGCGGGCGCUAUGCCUCCUUCCAGGGCAUUCCCAGCGCAGAAUGGAGGAUCUGUACCAUAGUGACGGGCCUGGGCUGUGGCCUGCUCCUCCUGGUGGCGCUCACCGCUCUCAUGGGUUGCUGUGUGUCGGAGCUCAUCUCCAGGACCGUGGGAAGAGUGGCUGGAGGAAUUCAGUUUCUGGGGGGCUUGUUGAUUGGUGCUGGCUGUGCCCUGUACCCCUUGGGCUGGGACAGUGAGGAAGUCCGACAGACUUGUGGCUACAUUUCUGGCCAGUUUGACCUGGGGAAGUGUGAGAUCGGCUGGGCCUACUACUGCACGGGAGCAGGUGCCGCUGCCGCCAUGCUGCUGUGCACAUGGCUGGCUUGCUUCUCGGGCAAGAAACAGAAGCACUACCCAUACUGAGGCGGAGCCAUCAGGAGAAGCCGAAGAGAAGACAGGCCACAGGGGCUGGAAGGGGCCAAAACUUCUGGCUACUUCUAAAAGGUGGAAUAGUGGUUCUGAUUCAAUACCGUGCUAAUGAAGGGAAACCCGAUGGAACAAGGAACAUUAUACAUGAAGGGAGGGUGGUGGGAGGCUGGUGACAGAAAUGGAGAAUGAUGGA